UGGCAUUUAGCUGCGCGCUGAGAGGGACGGGGGGAGGUAAACAAGAUGGCGGCUACCUUGAAGCAGCUGCAGCAUUAGGAUCAGAGCAGAGGAGAUAUAUGACUGCGGUGACAACACGCAGGAAGGAGGCAAAGCGAAGUACAUUUAAUAUUUGCACUUGUUAGUAUUACGACCCAAGGUUUCUUGCUUUUCUUGGACUGGGAUUUGCAGUGUUGGGGGGGAAAAAUCUUCUCCUGAGAGGAUAAAGAAUCGCUUUUAUUAACCUGGACCUACUUGUAUCAGUGUGAAGAUGUGUCACAGCAUGAUGGAACUGAUGAGCUAGAGGACGUUGCGUUGUCCAGCGGGAAAAGCCUGACAGACGGCUUCACAAUUUCUGAACUGAUUUACUUUGUGCUGGAUAUGUUGUCAGAGAUGAGUAGGGGUCCAGUCAUUCCAAAUGUGGGCUAAUGCCUGCCAAUAAUUGGACAGUGUAUUUUGAAUACAAAAGGCCAGUGCUCAGUAAAGUCUGGUGAUUUUUUUUUUUUUUGUUUGUUUGUUUCUUUUUUCCCUUUUUUUUUUUUUUUUUUUUUGGUUUGCACUGGACCUUUGGCCCUUUACCCACACCCUCCGUUACCCUUGCACUCGUGCUACUUAUGUUUACAUCCUUGUUAAACUUGAGCCCACCGAAAAGCAGCACCUUUGUUGCAAUCAAGUAUCAGUUCUUUCAGAUGCUGUUCUAGUAGGUUUUUCAUUUCCCAGCCAAUCAGAAUUGGAGAUACAGACCCCAUCUCCUUGUAGCGCUUAGGGAGUAAGCGAGGGAAAGGGAAAGACAGGCUGCAAGAGAAGAUGAGUGUCGGGGAGCUUCAGCACCCGGGCUACCUGACCGAGAACGAGCUCAUGGGCAUGGACACUUUCAUCCACCGCAUCGACUCCACUGAGGUGAUCUACCAGCCACGGCGCAAGCGCGCCAAGCUGAUCGGGAAGUACCUGAUGGGCGACCUGCUGGGCGAGGGAUCUUACGGCAAGGUGAAGGAGAUGCUGGACUCUGAGACUCUGUGUCGGCGAGCUGUGAAGAUCCUCAAGAAGAAGAAGCUGAGGAGAAUCCCUAAUGGAGAGGCCAAUGUGAAAAAGGAAAUUCAGCUGCUACGAAGACUACAGCAUAAAAAUGUGAUCCAGUUGGUGGAUGUGUUGUACAAUGAAGAGAAGCAGAAAAUGUAUAUGGUAAUGGAGUACUGCGUCUGUGGCAUGCAGGAAAUGUUGGACAGUGUUCCAGAGAAAAGGUUUCCAGUAUUUCAAGCUCACGGGUACUUUUGCCAACUUUUGGAUGGCCUUGAAUAUUUGCACAGCCAGGGAAUCGUUCACAAAGACAUUAAACCAGGGAAUUUGCUGCUGACCACAGAUGGCGCUUUAAAGAUCUCUGACUUGGGCGUAGCAGAGGCUCUCCACCCAUUUGCGGAGGAUGACACAUGUCGAACAAGUCAGGGCUCGCCGGCCUUCCAGCCACCCGAGAUCGCCAAUGGCUUGGACACCUUUUCAGGGUUUAAAGUGGACAUCUGGUCUGCCGGGGUCACACUAUACAACAUAACGACGAGCCUGUAUCCGUUUGAGGGGGAUAACAUCUAUAAGCUCUUUGAGAACAUUGGAAAGGGAGAUUACACUAUUCCAGAGGAUUGUGGGCCGCUGCUGACCGACCUGUUGAGAGGAAUGCUUGAAUACGAUCCUGUAAAGAGAUUCUCAAUACAGCAAAUUAGGCAGCACAAUUGGGUGAGGAAGAAACACCCACCUUCGGAGCCACCAGUGCCUAUCCCACCCAGCGCUGAGACCCGGGACAUUUGGAGGAGCAUGACAGUGGUGCCCUACCUGGAGGAUCUCCAUGGUUACGGUGAAGAGGAAGAGGACGACGAGAUGUUUGACGGUGAGGAUGACAUCAUCUAUACUCAGGAUUUUACAGUGCCAGGUCAGGUGGAAGAGGAAGAAGAGGAGGAGGAAGAGUGCAGUGCAGAGCGGAGCCGUGCCACAGUGAAGCCGGUUUGUGUGAAUGGGACGGAACCGGCAGCACUGAAGCCCAAAUCGGAACGGCGCUCCAGCUCCUCGUCCAACCCCUCCCGCAAGGGCGUGUCCACAGCCAGCAAAAUCCGCAAACUCUCCACCUGCAAACAGCAAUGACCACGCCCCCUCACAUAUGCCCUGCCCACCUGUCUCUCUCUCUGUACAGGUUUGUUAUUUUUCCCAUCCUCUGUUUUGGAUUCCCAGCGAUGAAAACAUGCCACAGUUGCUGACACACACUUCACCAUGGACUAUGAACCCUAACGGAAACGAUGGCAGGAAGUGUGGAUAUAUGACUCUUUUCGAGGUCUUUCCCUGGAAAGGACUGACUGAUUUUGGGAUGCUGUAUAAGGGAGGAAACUCCUGUUUUUUCCUUCCCUGGUUACAUAUUUUCCUCUUGCUCUCUGUCUCUCUCGCUCUCUGUCUGUCUCUGAGGCUUUCUUAGAUUAAUUCUGUUGAACUCGCUCUCGCUCUGUCUCUCUGUGAGGCUUUUUUAGAUUCAUUCUGUUAAACUCUUUGUCACUUUCUGUCUCUCUCUCUCUCCUCCCUCCCUCCCUCCCCACCGCCCCUCUUUUGCCACAGAUCACUACCCAAAGGCGUGUUGUCCCCCCACCCCCUCCUUCGUGCCGGGCUCUUGUUGCCCAUCAAAUCUGACCUCAAUGUUUAGUUCUUUAGGUGAUCUUUUAAUUUUACAGUAAUUAACUGCAGUUUAAGGUGCACAUGGAGUUUAUGUAAAGAAUGGCAUAAAAGAUAUCAGUUAUUAUAUAGAAGCCAUGGUGAGAAUGCUAAAGAUAAUUAUACCCAUAUGAAUAAAAAACUGCAUGCUGUGAAGAGCUUUGGGGGAAAAGGGGUAUGAUCUGUACUGGCAGAUGUAUUGACGCCUGCUCAGUGCAGGAUGGUUUGGUUAAUUUUUUUUUUGUUUUGUUUUACAUUAGGCUUUUGUUUUGUUCUUUUUUUUCCAAUAAAUAUUUUUUAAUUAUUAUUUAUAUAAAACACCUCCCAACCAAACCAAAUCUGCUGGUCGUGUGUAUUUUGUUUUGCUUUUUAUGGGCUUGACUGAAAAUUUAUCACAAGUGGACAGGACGGAAGAUUCAAAUGGGUGAUGAAAUAGCCAUAGCAGAGGCUAAUUAGCAUGCCAUGUUCAAGCUCAGAGUUAAUGUGGAAGGCGUUAUUUGGGGAAACAUUUAUUCCGGAGGCGCUGGCAGCCUCUUUCUCUCCUGCAGCUCUCCAUUUUUAGACCCUGUUUUGUAGUUGCUGUUGCUGUUAGGAGCAGACAUUUUUGCUGUUCUGAGCGUUAUAUAAAAUCCCCCUGUUAGUGCCUAUAGGCCACGGUGACUCACUUCCAUUCUGAUCCACUCACUCAGGAGUGAAUAUUGCGGGUGUGAGGGACUUGCUGAUUUUUUUUUUUCCCCCCCACAAUAAGGGUACAAACCUCUAGCAUAUUCUGAAUUUUCAGUGUAGGAUUUGAUAUGCUUUUUUUCAGUGAAAUCCAAUACACGGAACUGCCAUUUUCUCACAAUACCUUGACAGCUGUACAUGUAAAGUGCAUCAAUAUCAAUCAAUAUUUUUUCCUUAUCCCCUAAACACUAAGCACUUACUUGCAAGUAUUGAGUUCACACAAACCCAAGUUCUGUUCAAGAAUAAUCUGUUAGACUAGGAUUGUUACUGGAUGGACCACAUUCUGGAUGUAGAACCAGCAAAGUAUUUAACAGAUCAAAUCAAGCAAAAAUACUGUAGCUGGAUCAAUCACUGUAUGGAAUGAAGUGGUCAUAGUUCAUGGUCUUUAAAACUGAACAGUUGUGGCUUCUGGAGCUGAUCAUCUUGCCACUUGUUGCGACCAAACACAUGCAUUUACGGUAUGUAGAUUAUUUACCUGAAGGAGAGUGACAAAGAGAGUUUUUCCAGACUAUUAUAGAUUUACCCAUUCUGGUCUAAUUAGUGAAAUGACUUGUUAAAAAAUUUACAAUGAAAAUACAAUGUUUACAUAUGAUUGGACAGAGAAGUAAGCAUUUAUUCUCUGCUUCAGGUUCGAAACAGGAGUCUGUUGCACUAGUCAAAAGUGGUAACUUGCUGGCAUCAGUAUAAAAUAAACCCUUAAAAAUGCCUUAUUUAUAUAUACAUGAACUAAUCACUAAUGGUUAAGUAUUAAAAAGUGGCUCACAUCACCAUUCAAUCAUGAUAGGUGCUUAUCCAGACCUUUGUAAGGAAGGAAUUUUAUACACAUUUUAGUUGAAUAUCCCUGUAUUAGACCAUAAUACUGUGUUCAGUAUUUUAGAAGCCAGCAGCAUUCUGUCCCUGUAUACACAUGCUAAAUAAUAAACGAUGAUCAAUGAUGCCUUGAUGACUAAAUGAUGGAAAGCAGUUCCUCCUGAGCUUCCUGUUCUGACCAGGUUAAACAUAAUUGGAAGUAAUUACAUAACACUGGUCCAAUUUUUUUUAAAUUGACAAUAAAACCCUAUAUAUACACAAAGCCAAUUAGGAACAGUUAGGCUUCAACCACCACAGUCUUAAAGAAAACCCUCUGAAAAAAAUGAAGGAUCAAAGCAUGACCAUUUAUUCUGAGAAAAGGAAGAGGGGACUCGAAUGCAUUCAGUAGCAUUGAAACUACAGAGAACACCAAUGUCAUGAUUUCCUUUCUUCUCACAUGCAGAACUGCACAGGAGUGCAGCAGUAGGUUCAGUCGUCCACGUACACGAAGACCAGCUGCAGUUCUAACAUGUCCUCAAGCUCCUACAUGGGGUUCAGGUCAGAAUAUGCACAUUCACAUCAGAUACUUGUUCCAUUUGAGAGAGAGGGGGAAAAAAUGUUUGAUAUGACACAUAUAUAAAUGGUGUAUUGCUUCAAA